AGGCGCUGGAGGCAAAAGCGAUCUCGUUCAUCUGUUGAUGACGAUGGAGAUCCCUUGGCUUUACAUGCUUUAUUUUGGUCAUCCUCCUAGGUUUCUCGUGGCUGUCAAAAAAACUUGAAUGAAGUUGGAUAGGACUACUUGUUGAGUUUGAUUACCUUCUAGUAUUCCAUCCAUUGCCUUAGUUUUCUCCUUAGAGUGAGCACAGAAGUAUUUCGAUUCAUUUAGUCUCGACAAAAAAUGGGUGCCCAGUGGAGUAGUAUCGUUCACGGUCUGGCCCUCGAGGACUACCUGCCGCCGGAGACUGCAGAUGCUCUCGCCAUUAGUACAUUCUUUCAACCUAUGGAUUGUAUCUCUGAUUUCACCCUUCUAAGUUGGACCUGGAACUCAAUUUUUAAGUCCAAUUGAAGUUUACUAGAUAGAUCACUAGCUACACCUACAAAAUAAGUUUGAUGCAUUGAUUUUCAAAAUUUCAGUGUACUUCAAGACGAAGCGAGUGUUCCGUACGGCUUACUGGCUCGGCGGACAAACCUGCUGGAUCAUGAGUACAGGCCUUCUAGUCCUAGUCGCGCCGGCCUUGGCAGAAUUUGAUAGGGAGUGUUCGCAUUUCGAGCUUACCGCUGCACUUCAGGCGGCACAAAUGCAGCAGCAACAAAUGGGCGCUCCUAUGUAGGACGUGUGCUGUCGUCUGGCUCGGUUCUGCGUGGAGAACGAACAAGCUGAACGACAUAUAUCCAGAACCAAGGACAUCACUGUACCUUUUGGAGCAAAAUCAGCUGCCAGCACGAAGACGUGGAAACCCCACUAAACGCUGCGGUUUUUUCAUACAACUGUUCUCUGACAUUCUUGAUUCUCGUCGACUGUCCCUCACAGCAUCUUCUCCGGAGAAGGAACCCUCUGCGUUGAAGAUGAAAAUCUGAAUGAGCAAGCCUUUGCGCACCUGCGGUUAAAAAAACAUGGGUGGUACGAUGACUUAACUGCGCUCGUUGAGGCAAACGGAAAAUUGACGAUAGUUACACGGCUCACUGUCGCGAAAAACUUUCUUCAGUUUCUUGAUUAAUAUUCUUAUGCUGCAAGCAAACACGUAAGUAGAAUCAAUCCGCCUGAUUUGCUGAGGCUGAAUGAAAUUCAAGCCUUGUUCCGAGGACUUGGUCGUGCAUGUUGAUGCAGUUUGGAUAGUUUCGCGGAGUGACCAUAGCGCCACGCAUUUUCAUGGAUCCGUCUACCCACAUCAACAACAAGUUUUCGUCUACCCACGACUUCUGUUGUACAAGCACAGAGACUAAGACAAGUAGAACAUCGGUCGGAAAGGGGACAAACCUACUGCAUGCGCAGGAAAAAUUGCAAUAUGCUAUGUAUCUCCG